UAGAGCACGUGCUCCUUUUUUCUCUACUUUUCCAUCACGUUGUCCAAAUUCGUGCUAAAGCCUGGGAGGCUGUCGGAACUCUCCGUUGGGGAGAAAACGCCGGAAUCUGUGUGAGAGGUCUGGCGUCUUGCUUCAAGCACUGUUGGGCACAACUUUUCUGAGCUUCAGUUUCCACUCACGCAUCUUUAUUUUCUGGAUGAAAAAAUUUAAAAAUCUGUUCUGUGGUCUUUUCUCCUCUUUGUGGGCUUGGGUCUCUUCCAUAGUGUCCACUCAGCUACUCUAGUGCCCCAGCCCUGAGCUUGCCGUUGUUAUCUAUGGCAUUUUCUUGGGUAUUCGCCCCCCGCCCCCCCCUUUUGGUGCCUUUUUUUUUAUUAUGUAUAUUGAAUUUUAGUGUUCCCGUCUGUCUCCUCUUUUAUUUGGCACCCCGAUACUUUUCCCACAGAAAAAAAUUCUCCUUUGCAGCUUGCUUUUAUUUUGUGCUUGUAGUUUGGAAACGUUUUGCACACCCACAGCCUAUGGGCCCGGUUUAAGAAUCCCCAAAAGUGGUUUGUGUGUGUGUUGAUGUUUCCCUUGGGUCGCUCCUUUCCCUUUAGUGUUGGGAGCACUGCCUUGGAUGCCAUGGUAGUGGGUGUUUUUGUUUUUUUUCCGGCUGCUCCCUUAAAAGCUCUCUAAUUCCUUGUGCUUAAUACCCUUUUGCUUAGCAGCUGCUCGUUUUCUCCCUCCUAGGGAGUGGGAGGAUUUUUGUGUGAGGUAGUAUGGAAGUAUGGGUGAAUGGUUAAGCCGAAGAAUUGCAGGUCGGAAGCAUUCUCUAAGGCAGCAGAGGAUUUUAGGCAGGGUGGAGAGUGAGAAGGAUUGGUAUUUGACAAAAUAGAAAUAAAGAUUAGAAGGUAGAGGAAUUAUCCUAUUUCUUGUGUUGUAAAGGACGAUUUAAAAAAAGAAAAUCUUUUUAUGCGUUUGCUCUUGACUUUCCUAGAUUUGACUUCAUUUGUCUCUCGUUUGACCUGCUAUAGUUCCUUUUUUUUUUUUGCUUCUUUUUGGUUCUCCUGCUUGGGUUGGGUGGAGAUCCAGCCUUAGAGGUUUCGUUGGGUGGUGGUGGGGGGUCAUUCUGGAACUGGGCUUAUCUCCUUUCCCUUCAACGUCUUGCCGACUUUUUUUUCUUUUUGCUUUAGUGCACUGUCCAGCUAUUUCUGUGCUGCUUCUUCGUUCUGGAGGUUUUUCUGAAGUAUAUACUUCAUUUAAUUAUUUUUCUCCGUUUCCUUUGCUAAAACUCUUUAUUUUUGGGUCUUGUCUUGUGGUAGUUUGCUGUCACACAUUUACACUUUGGAAAACUGUCUUGGCGGGGACGGGUGGGAAGGAGGAGUGAGAAUGUAUGUAUUGCAGGAAACAGGAGUAGAGUACGUGUAGUCAAGAAAUCUAACUAGAAAAAUGGGGGCCUGGGGGUUUUUCAGGGUCAUGCUGAGGGUGGGACAAGUUGAAGGGAUAGAACCUGGUAGGAGGCAUAGGGAUAACAGGAGAGAGGGUAAGGCAAGGCUUAUAAGAGAAAAACCAGAAAGUAAAAUGCAGGGAAUUGGUAGGGAAAGCCAAGGACAGUUCACCAGGAUUGAAAGUGAGAUAUAGUGAGUACUAGUAAGUUUAAGGCAAGUAAUAGAGAAGGCGUGAGAGUAGUAACAGGGUGACUGGUUUGAUAGAUUUAAGUAGAGGUUGAAUUGAAAAUAGGUAAUAUUUAGUGGGACCUAGUGAGACCUGAGGGAAUUGUCAGUCAAGUGGGUAAUCUUAUUGGGGAGGAAAUUAAAGGAAUAAAAUACCAUCAGGACAUUUGAUAGGAGCUAUUAAUAUUUGGAAUCAAAGAAGCGGUCCCUUACCUGGGAGAUGAAGUAUAAGAGGAUGAUGUUGCCAAGGUUCAUGUGGUUUCGGACGUGCAUGCUGGCCUUCGGUCUGGGUGUAAGGCUGCACAGGAUACUUGUUUGUUUUCAGCCAGUCGGGGCCCUUGCCCUGAUACGUAGGGGCUCUUUAGUCCAUUUGUGUAUUUGUACAGUGGCCAAAAAGCCUCAGGUUGUUUCUCAGAAGAGUCUUGGACUUGGCCUACAGGCCCUUCCUUGGAUGCCGCAGGUCUGUGUCUCGGGUUGAUGUGCCCUGUUUGGAGGCCUCAGUCAGUUAUCAGAGACUAGGAAGACGCCACUUGUGCAUAUUGGGGCCAAAGGAGGAUACAGGGACAGUGGAGAGAUUUGAGAGAAAUACGAUUCUUGUUGGUCUAGGGUGGAAAAAGAAGAAAAUCUAGGUGCAAGCAGGAAUGAUUUAGAAUUCUGUGCAGGAGCACUGGGGGAAAGGUUCUGAAAGCUGGUCAGUGAUUUGGUGGAAAGUGAGCAGCGUGGGAAGGAUGAUGAAGCAGCCGUGCAGCUAAAGGAGGCUUAGCGUGGAGAUAAAUGUUGAAGGAGAGCAGAGAUUUGGGUGGGGCUAAGUGGUUAGUUUGGGGCCAGGGCCUGACCCGUGUCUCCCCGCUCCCCCCCAGGAGCGGUGGUGCCCCCCGGGCACGGGGCCAUGUACAACGGGAUCGGGCUGCCGACGCCCCGGGGCAGCGGCACCAACGGCUACGUCCAGCGCAACCUGUCCCUGGUGCGGGGCCGCCGGGGUGAGCGGCCUGACUACAAGGGAGAGGAGGAACUGCGGCGCCUGGAGGCUGCCCUGGUGAAGCGGCCUAAUCCUGACAUCCUGGACCACGAGCGCAAGCGGCGCGUGGAGCUGCGAUGCCUCGAGCUGGAGGAGAUGAUGGAAGAGCAGGGGUACGAGGAACAGCAAAUUCAGGAAAAAGUGGCGACCUUUCGGCUCAUGUUGCUGGAGAAGGAUGUGAACCCUGGGGGCAAGGAGGAGACCCCAGGGCAGAGGCCUGCUGUAACUGAGACUCACCAGUUGGCUGAAUUGAAUGAGAAGAAGAAUGAGCGACUCCGUGCUGCCUUUGGCAUCAGUGAUUCCUACGUGGAUGGCAGCUCGUUCGAUCCUCAGCGUCGUGCUCGAGAGGCUAACAAGCCAGCCCCUGAGCCCCCUAAACCUUACAGCCUUGUCCGGGAGUCCAGCAGUUCUCGCUCGCCAACCCCAAAGCAGAAGAAGAAAAAAAAGAAGAAAGACAGAGGACGCAGGUCAGAGAGUAGCUCUCCUCGGCGGGAGAGGAAGAAGAGCUCAAAGAAGAAGAAGCACAGGUCGGAGUCCGAGUCCAAGAAACGGAAGCAUAGAUCCCCCACGCCAAAGAGUAAGCGUAAAUCCAAGGACAAGAAGCGGAAGCGGUCUCGAAGUACAACACCAGCCCCCAAGAGCCGCCGGGCUCACCGUUCAACUUCUGCUGACUCUGCUUCCUCCUCUGAUACUUCCCGCAGUCGGUCUCGGAGUGCUGCAGCUAAAACCCAUACAACUGCCUUGACUGGUCGAAGCCCUUCCCCUGAGUCAGGACGUCAAGGGGAGGGAGAUGCACCUUGCAGAGAAUCAAGUACCACCAACACAGGGCAGCCGAGCAGCCCAGAGCCUUCUACAAAGCAGACGAGCAGCCCUCGUGAAGACAAAGAGAAAGACAAGAAGGAGAAAUCUGCAGCUCGACCUAGCCCCUCCCCGGAGAGGAGCAGCACAGGCCCAGAACCACCUGCUCCCACUCCGCUCCUUGCUGAGCAACAUGGCAGCUCCCCACAACCCCUUGCAACAUCUCCCUUAAGUCAGGAGCCAGGGAACCCCCCAGCUGAGGCCUCCCCCACCCGGGGGCGUUCGCCACCUAAGUCUCCUGAAAAACUUCCCCAGUCUUCUUCCUCAGAGAGCUGUCCGCCAUCCCCUCAACCUACCAAAAUUUCUCGACAUGCCAGCUCUUCCCCUGAAAGUCCUAAACCUGCACCAGUUCCUGGGUCCCGCCGAGAGAUUUCUUCUUCUCCCACAUCCAAGAGUCACUCACAUGGCCGAGCAAAGCGGGAUAAAUCAAAUUCCCCUACGCCUUCCCGUAGAAUGGGGAGGUCCCGUAGCCCUGUCACCACCAAGAGAGGGCGAUCUCGGUCUCAGAGCCCUACCAAGAGAGGUCAUUCUAGGUCCCGAUCCCCUCAGUGGCGUAGAUCUCGGUCUGCGCAGAGGUGGGGACGAUCUAGAAGCCCCCAGCGACGUGGUCGCUCUAGGUCUCCUCAGCGACCAGGCUGGUCCAGGAGCAGAAACACCCAGAGAAGAGGCAGGUCCAGGUCAGCAAGGCGAGGCAGAUCACACUCUCGAUCUCCAGCCACUAGGGGCAGGUCUCGUUCUAGAACACCUGCCCGGAGGGGCAGGUCCCGGUCUAGAACACCCGCCCGGCGGAGGUCUCGAUCCAGAACAUCUACCAGACGGCGGUCUCGUUCUAGAACACCAGCCCGGCGGGGCAGGUCUCGUUCUAGAACACCUGCUAGGCGGAGAUCUAGGACCCGAUCGCCAGUACGGCGUAGGUCUCGUAGUAGAUCACCAGCCAGGAGAGGUGGCAGGUCACGCUCUAGAACCCCAGCUAGACGUGGUAGGUCACGCUCUAGAACCCCAGCCAGACGCAGUGGCAGGUCACGCUCUAGGUCACCAGCUAGACGCAGCGGCCGGUCCCGCUCUAGGACACCAGCCAGGAGAGGAAGAUCUCGGUCUAGGACACCAGCAAGACGAGGGAGAUCCCGUAGUAGAAGUCUAGCUAGACGGGGAAGAUCUCACUCUAGAACACCACAAAGACGAGGCAGGUCUGGCUCCUCAUCAGAACGGAAGAACAAAUCCAGAACAUCUCAGAGAAGGAGCAGGUCCACCUCAAGCCUGGAUGUGAAGAAAACUCGCAUUUCUUCACGCCGUAGCAGGUCUCUUUCCUCAUCAAGAUCCAAAGCAAAAUCUCACUUGUCUUUGAGGCGAAGCCUCUCAGGGUCCUCUCCAUGCCCUAAACAGAAGUCUCAGUCGCCACCUAGACGCAGUCGCUCUGGAUCGUCUCGACCUAAAGCAAAAUCUAGGACACCAUCAAGACGAAGUCGUUCUGGCUCCUCACCUCCUAAACAGAAAUCUAAGACGCCAUCAAGGCAGAGUCGUUCUAGCUCAUCUCCUCACCUUAAAGUGAAAUCGGGAACACCACUAAGGCAAGGAUCUGCAACCAGUCCUCAGGCAGAUGAACAGUCUGCAACACCACAGAGACGGAGCCGGUCUGGAUCAUCACCAGACCCUGAGGGGAAAUCUAGCACACCUCCGAGACGGAGCCAGUCGGCGUCACGUUCUCCACGACCCAAAGUGAAGGCGGUGACUUCACCAAGACGAAGUCAUUCUGGCUCUUCUUCUCCAAGUUCUAGUAGGGUGACUUCUAGAACACCGCCAAGGCAAAGCAGAUCUGAGUCUCCCUGCUCCAAAGUGGAAUCUAGAUUGUUGUCAAGGCAGAGCCAUUCUAGGUCCUCCUCGCCAGAUACCAAAGUGAAACCUGGAACACCACCAAGACAAAGUCACUCAGGGUCUACUUCACCGUGCUCCAAAGUAAAGCCCCAGACUCCACCAAUGCAUUGUCUUUCUGGAUCAGAGUCACCAUGUCACCAGGAGAAGUCCAAAGACUCACCAGCACAAAGUAGCUCUGGAUCCCUUUCCAUGUGUCCAGGAGUAAAAUCUGGCUCACCACCAGAAGAGAGUUGCUUAGACUCAUCUCUGCAACAGAAAGGACAAUCUCAAACCUCACCAGACCACGCAUCUGAUACUUCAAGCCCAGAAGUGAGACAGGUUCGCUCUGAGUCUCCAUGUCUGCAGAGCAAAUCUCAAACACCUCCUAAGGGUGGUCGGUCCAGGUCCUCAUCUCCAGUUGCUGAUCUGGCACCCAGAUCGCCAGCAGGACAGAAUAGAAGCAGGUUGUCCACAAGUCCUAGGCUGGGAUUGGGUGUUUCUCCUGAGCAGAAGUCUCAGUUUGACUUUUCCCCACAUCUGGGAACAGACGUGAAGUCUUUUCUGAGGCAGAGUAGAUCAGAGGCUUCUCCAGAACCGAAAGAGAAAGCGAGCUUACCUUCCCAGGAGGAUGUUCUUGCAUCAUAUUCUAGACCAAGAGACGAAUUUAGUCCCGCUCCAGUGCAGGAUAGGCCCGAGUCCUCCCAGGUGCUCAGGGACACACCUAGAACCCCAUCAAGGGAAAGAAGUGGCUCUGGGUCAUCUCCAGAUACAAAAAGCCAGAACAGCGGAUUAGCUAAGCCCAGUCACGAUGAGGAAUUGAUGGAAGUGGUAGAGAAAUCUGAAGAACUCUCAAACCAGAUCCUGCCCCUUUUGUCUCAACAUAAAGAAGUGGCUGGAAGGAACUUUGAAUCAUCUUCUGAAGUAGAAAAAAGGCCUGCUGUGUCUGUAUUUCUUGACCAAAGCCAGUCGCAGGCUGCUUUGGAGGCAGCAGAAGUUCCUACAGUGGUCUCAGUUUGGAGUGGGCCACGUUUUUCUCCAGAACGUAAAGAACUGUCUAACUCUCCUCCCAGGGAGAACAGCUUCGGGUCACCUUUAGAAUUUAGAAACACAGGUCCUGUCGUUACAGAAACGAAUACUGGAUUGUCUCCUGAGGUUAAAGAAGAUUUGAAUGGGCUUUUUCUCAAUCAGCUGGAGACAGACCCAUCUCCAGACACAAAAGAACAAUCCACAAGAUCCUCCAGACACAGCAGUACUGAAUUCUCCCCAGAUGCAGUGGAAAAAGCAGGAAUGUCUUUGAAUCAGAGCGUCAUUUCGCCUGUGCUUGAUGCUGUACCGAGAACACCAUCAAGGGAAAGAAGUAGUUCUGCAUCUUCUCCUGAACUGAAAGAUGGUUUACCCAGAACCCCAUCGCGGAGAAGCAGGUCUGGAUCUUCUCCUGGGCUUAGAGAUGGUUCCGGGACACCCUCGAGGCACAGCCUGUCUGGGUCCUCUCCUGGAAUGAAAGAUGCACCUAGGACGCCAUCCAGGGGCAGAAGUGAAUGGGAUUCUUCUCCAGAACCAAAGGCUUUGCCUCAGACUCCCGGACCCAGGAGCCGUUCUCCGUCGUCCCCAGAGCUCAACAACAAGUGUCUUACCCCCCAGAGGGAGAGAAGUGGGUCAGAGUCAUCAGUUGAACAGAAGACCUUGGCUAGGACUCCCCUUGGACAGAGAAGUCGGUCUGGAUCUUCUCAAGAACUUGAUGUCAAACCCAGUGCGUCCCCUCAGGAACAGAGUGAUUCAGACUCCUCUCCAGAUUCUAAAGCCAAGAUCCGAACUCCGCUUAGGCAGAGGGGCUGCUCCGGGUCAUCUCCAGAGGUUGAGGGCAAGUCCCGAUCUCCUCCUCGGCGCAGCAGGUCUGGCUCAUCCCCUGAACUUAAAGAUAAGCUAAGAGCGGCACCCAGGGCGCAGAGUGGUUCUGGUUCCUCUCCUGAACCCCAAGUUCCUGUCCCUAGGGCUCUUCCCAGACGAAGCAGAUCAGGUUCAUCAAGCAAAGGCAGAGGCCCUUCGCCUGAAGGAAGCAGCAGUUCAGAGUCAUCUGCAGAGCAUCCUCCCAAAUCCAGAGCUGCUCGGAGAAGCUCUAGGCCCUCCCCGGAGACCAAGACCAAGUCUCGCACACCACCUCGUCGCAGCUCCCGGUCAUCUCCAGAGCUGACUAGGAAGGCCAGACUCUCCCGGAGAAGCCGCUCUGCCUCAUCCUCACCUGAGACCUGCUCUCGAACUCCCCCGAGACGCCGCAGAAGUCCCUCGGUGUCCUCCCCAGAGCCAGUGGAGAAGUCUCGGUCCUCACGCCGGCGGCGUUCCGCUUCAUCUCCGCGCACCAAGACAACUUCCAGGAGAGGCCGAUCUCCUUCACCAAAGCUUCGCGGGCUCCAGCGAUCCCGCUCCCGCUCGCGGAGGGAGAAAGCCAGGGCAGCCCGACGUCGUGAUAGGUCUGGGUCUUCUCAGUCCACCUCUCGGAGGAGACAGCGGAGCCGGUCGAGGUCUCGGGUUACUCGGCGACGGAGGGGCGGCUCUGGCUACCACUCCAGGUCACCUGCCCGACAGGAGAGUUCCAGAACCUCCUCCCGACGCCGGAGAGGCCGUUCACGAACACCCCCAACCAGUCGGAAGCGCUCCCGCUCUCGCACUUCACCAGCACCGUGGAAACGCUCCAGGUCCCCAGCCACUCACCGGCGAUCCAGGUCUAGAACACCACUGGUCAGCCGACGUCGGUCCCGGUCUCGCACCUCGCCAGUGAGUCGGAGGCGGUCAAGGUCUAGGACAUCGAUGACUCGACGAAGAUCUAGGUCGAGAGCAUCCCCAGUGAGUCGCAGGCGAUCCAGGUCCAGGACACCUCUGGUAACCCGCCGGCGGUCAAGGUCCAGGACACCAGCAACGCGCCGACGCUCCCGUUCCAGAACUCCACUGGUGACUCGCAGGAGGUCCAGGUCUCGGACCCCACCAGUGACCAGGAGGCGCUCUCGAAGCAGAACCUCGCCAGUCGCUCGCAGAAGAUCGAGAUCCAGAACAUCCCCCGUUACCCGUAGGCGAUCUCGGUCUCGUACGUCUCCAGUAACUCGAAGGCGGUCCCGCUCUCGAACCUCGCCAGUGCCACGCCGCCGUUCUAGGUCCCGCACACCUCUGGCUAUUCGCCGUCGGUCUAGGUCUCGAACGCCACUGCUGCCUCGCAAACGUUCCCGCAGUCGCUCGCCGCUUGUUAUCCGCCGCCGCUCCAGGUCCCGUACUCCACGAACGGCUCGGGGCAAACGGUCCUUGACAAGGUCUCCGCCAGCCAUCCGCAGGCGUUCUGCAUCUGGAAGCAGCUCUGAUCGCUCAAGGUCCGCUACUCCUCCAACAACGAGAAAUCACUCUGGAUCGCGGACGCCUCCAAUGGCACUCAAUAGCUCUAGGAUGAGCUGCUUCAGUCGACCUAGCAUGUCGCCGACUCCUCUGGACCGCUGCAGGUCACCAGGAAUGCUCGAGCCCCUGGGCAGCUCUAGAGCACCGAUGUCUGUCCUGCAGCAGGCGGGCGGCUCCCUGAUGGAUGGUCCAGGUCCCCGAAUUCCUGACCACCCGAGAACGUCAUCUGUGCCAGAAAAUCAUGCUCAAUCCAGAAUUGCACUUGCCCUGACGGCCAUCAGUCUUGGUACUGCUCGGCCUCCUCCGUCUAUGUCUGCUGCGGGUCUAGCUGCCAGAAUGGCCCAGGUGCCUGCUCCAGUGCCCCUCAUGAGUCUCAGAACAGCCCCAGCUGCCAGCCUCGCCAGCAGAAUCCCUGCAGCCUCGGCAGCGGCCAUGAACCUGGCCAGCGCCAGAACACCCGCCAUCCCGACAGCCGUGAACCUGGCAGACUCACGCACGCCAGCCGCAGCUGCAGCUAUGAGCCUGGCCAGCCCCAGAACGGCAGGGGCCCCUUCGGCCGUGAGCCUCGCUGACCCGCGCACCCCUGCAGCCUCAGCAGUGAACUUAGCAGGAGCCAGAACUCCAGCAGCUCUGGCAGCCUUGAGCCUCACAGGCUCCGGCACCCCCCCAGCGGCUGCAAGCUACCCCUCCAGCUCCAGAACGCCGCAGGCUCCAGCACCUGCAAACCUGGUGGGCCCCAGGUCCGCUCAUGCCACAGCACCAGGGACUAUCGGCAGCUCGAGAACCCCUGCGGCCCUGGCCCCUGCCAGCCUCGCCAGUGCUAGGAUGGCUCCAGCGUUAUCAGGGGCCAACCUCACCAGCCCCAGGGUGCCUCUCUCUGCCUACGAGCGCGUCAGCGGCCGAGCCUCGCCCCCGCUCCUCGACCGAGCCAGGUCGCGAACACCGCCCGGAGGCUCCAGAACCCCACCGUCUGCCCCGAGCCAGUCCCGAAUGCCUUGUGAGCGGGCACCCUCUCCUGCCUCUAGAAUGGGCCAGCCUUCCUCACAGGCUGCUCUCCCGCCAGCGCAGGAGCGGCCCAGAUCCCCUGGCCCACCUGCUUUUUCAGACCAGUCGUCCCGUUCUUUGCCCGCCCAGACUGCCCCUGUAGCAGGGUCUCAGGCUUUUUCCUCUGGGACCGUGGCCAAGACCACGUCCUCCGCCGGUGACCACAACAGCAUGCUCUCGGGCCCUGCUCCUGGGGUGUUCCACCCUGAGGGUGGGGAGCUGCCUGCCUCGGCUGGGGCCCAGCAGGCCCCGGCACUGGCUUCCCUGCAGCCCACAAAGGAGCGGCGGAGCUCAUCCUCAUCUUCGUCGUCCUCCAGCUCGUCCUCGUCGUCCUCCUCUUCUUCCUCGUCCUCCUCCUCCUCUGGCUCCAGUUCUAGCGACUCGGAGGGCUCUAGCCUUCCCCCACAGCCCGAGGUGGCCCUGAAGAGGGUUCCCAGCCCUGCCCCUGCCCCAAAGGAGGCUGUUCGAGAGGGACGUCCCCAGGAGCCGACCCCGGCCAAGAGGAAGAGGCGCUCUAGCAGCUCCAGCUCCAGCUCUUCAUCUUCCUCUUCCUCCUCUUCAUCUUCAUCCUCCUCCUCCUCUUCCUCCUCUUCUUCCUCUUCCUCCUCCUCCUCUUCCUCCUCCUCCUCCUCCUCCCCCUCCCCUGCUAAGCCUGGCCCUCAGGCCUUGCCCAAACCUGCAAGCCCCAAGAAGGCACCCCCUGGCGAGAGGAGGUCCCGCAGCCCCCGGAAGCCAAUAGACUCCCUCCGGGACUCGCGGUCCCUCAGCUACUCCCCCGCGGAGCGUCGCCGCCCCUCGCCGCAGCCCUCACCCAGGGACCAGCAGAGCAGCAGCAGCGAGCGGGGUUCCCGGAGAGGCCAGCGCGGGGACAGCCGCUCCCCGAGCCACAAGCGCAGGAGGGAGACACCCAGCCCCCGCCCUGUGCGCCACCGCUCCUCCAGGUCUCCGUAAAUCUCGGGGAAUUCUACACACCCCGUGGUCUGGAGCCACAGGGAGUGCCCCCUUUUCCCAACAGAGCCACGGGAGGGCUCCUGUCUGCCUCCCCGCCCCGGAACCCUGGCAGCAUCUAGCGGGGAGGGCUCCUUUUACCUCCCCCCCCACCCUUUUUUUCUUUGUUCUGUGAAAUGUUAAUCUCUGUGAGUUUUUCUUGGUUCAUGUGUUUUGGGGGGCUUGGGGUGGGAGGGAUUGAGAAUGGGAGCUGGGGGAGGGGAGGAUGCUCGGGACCCCACUGCCUUGAUCAGAGGGGCUGAGAGGCUCUGCCCACCCCUCACCCCCGAGUUCCUGGGUGGUGGGGGUUUGGGACUUGGGACUUCGGCAAGGGGUUCCUGGAAGGGGGGGCAAGAGUUGAAAUCAGUUGGCCCCUACUGCCCCCCCCAUGAGGUUGUGGCCCCUCCCCCCAACUUUUCUUCAUGUUUCUUAAAGGCAUUUUGGUUUUUUUAAAAUCUGUACAGCAAGAGCAACUUUUUCUGUCCAAUAAAAAUGAGAAACGCAGGAAUUGGGUCUGUAGGCUGUUCAUUAGGUGUGGAGGGGAUUCAGUGGGAGAGACUGCCACCAGUGGGACCUAGACACUGGUCGACAGCCAGGAGCGUGUUGUCACCUGCUGGAGCAGCCACUGGCUCCAUGGCUGGGGCAGGGUCCUUGGCCUUUCCACCACCCUCCCCCAGGACAGGUG